AAUAAGUUCUCAAUUGUAUGACAUUGCCCCGGUCCCCCAAAAAGAUCCUUAUCUCCAAGAAUAAGAAAACAAACAAAAAUGAAUCUAAAUCCAACCCCACCCCAUAUUAAUCAAACAAAUUCCUUCAUCUUCUGAUCUUCAUGUUCAUCUAAUUUUUCCAUCGCCCCAAAUCCCAGCCGUCUGAUCAAAUGUCAUCACCGUCAAUCUCAUCGUCCUCAGCCUUCUCUAUAAUCUGCGCCCUCCACUCAUUGAUCGCCAUAACAAGCGGCACUCUGAUGAUGUUCCACAUGAAAGAAAUCUACACCUUCACGCACGGUCUCCACACAGCCACCGUACUAAUGGGGUCCACUCCGCACGACCAGCUUCUGAUUCGGACCUCCGAUUCGUUCUCCGGGCUGUUACUUUUUGCAAUUGGGUUCUUGAUUUUCAUGGUUUCGUUUGUGAAAGAUCGGGAGUUUCAAUCUUUUUUUGCUAAAGGGUGCGUUGUUCUUCAUGUUUUUAUGGCGAUUUGGAGGAUUGUUUUCGAGAGGAGAGUUGACGUGUUGGCUUGGGAUUGGUUGAGGCAGACUAUUGGUGAUUUUUUGUUGGGACUUUCUUGGGUUUUUUUUCUUGUUUAUUCUUGGAGAGAGAAGUAUGAUUGAUUAUAUUAAACUAUAUUAAACGGUUUUUCUUUUUGUAAUGUGAUUUCCACGUAAUUUUUGCUUUUGAUUUUGUUGUAAUUUGGUUCAGGUGUAUAGAUGGAUUGUAAUUUGUAGUGGCAUGAAUUGGAGAUUGUAUAUGAAUCAAAUUAGCUUUUUCUUUUGAUUAUCGCAAA